CAUCAGAGGCAGGAAAUGUGUGAAUCUCCAAAGACGAACUCUGGUACUUAAUGUAAACUACGGUGGACCCUCGUUAAAACGCCGUUACCCUGAUUUAUUCGUUAACGAGGAAAAAAGUGCUGUGACGGACAAGGCUGGAGUCUUUGGAAGGCUUAUCGUUUUAUUUCACUUCGUCCACCCUUUCCCGACUUGCAAGAUACCGAGUUUUUAAAGGUAAACUUUUAUUUGUGCAACACGUGUAGGAGGGUCUGAGUUGCAGUUUAACCACUUUUCUGCUGGGUGGGGAGCUUACAGAAAACCGAACAGCUGGUAUUUCUAUGUAUGUAACUAAUUCAAUAUAUUUCUGAAUGGGAAACGAAAAAACAGGUCUGUUCUGGCAGAAAAAAUAAUCUACUGUUUUCAUAUCGGUGCCGCAUAUCCUGCCAGUGGCGCAGGUGGCGUUGGGUCUGUUUUUGGAUUAUGACUUUAGACGCAGAACCCAUGGAAGAUCCCGACAUCGACGUGGUGGGAGACGGUAAUAAGGAUCUCAGGAAGAAGACUUGUUUGACACAACUUUCGGAAAAAGCGAAAGACGAUUCGGAGCUUGAAGCAAACAGUGCAGCUUCUUCUCCCGAAACACAAGACAGAGUGAGAGACGAGUACGAAUCUCCGCCAAAAGCUGGACCUGCCGUGGUGAAAAGCAGCGUUUCCGUUAAGCCGCCGUAUUCCUAUAUCGCUUUGAUCACUAUGGCCAUCCUUCAGAGCCCGAAGAAGCGCCUCACGCUAAGUGAGAUAUGCGAGUUUAUCAGUCACCGCUUCGCUUACUACAGGGAGAAAUUCCCGGCCUGGCAGAAUUCGAUCAGACACAAUCUGUCACUGAACGACUGCUUUGUCAAAAUGCCCCGGGAACCCGGUAACCCGGGGAAGGGAAACUACUGGACAUUAGAUCCCAUGUCUUCUGACAUGUUUGAGAACGGAAGCUUUUUGCGGCGGAGGAAGCGCUUCAAGCGGCAGCACUUCAGAUUCAGCAUGCUGAAGGAGCCGCAGAUAGAGUCCGGGGCACUGCCCAGCUUUACGUACGGCGCUUACGGGAUCGGGACGACCUGCCUGCAGAUGCUCCCUUUGGAGUUAUCCCCCAUGGGCACUGAUCACCCCUCGGGCUCGCCCUGCGCUCCCAGCAUCCCACCUGUCAGCAGCAUCUUGCCGGCGCUUUCCACCCUGUUUUCCAGGACCUCCCACGCCGGCACAAAGACUUUUUUCCCGUCGCCGAGUAUCCCGUACGAAUCCCUCAGCACGGCUCGCUGCACUCCGGUCUCCUCCGCUUUACUACCUGAAUACCGACAUUUUCCCACCGGGCUACUGCAACCCAUGGUGUCCCCGCAUCUCCUAAGUCUACAGCAAGAAUAUCAUAAAAUGCACUCGCUGCACAACAGCUCUCUCCUGUCUAGUAAACUGCUCCAGCAGCUCGGAGAUGGAAGUAACUUAUAGCUGUGCUUGGUGUUGCUAUAUAUACUAUUCAGGAUACUGCUCCGACUGAGAUUUCUUGAAGCACGUGCGUCAAUUAAUCAUUUUGAAGAGUUUUUUUUUUUUUUGCGAUUGUACAGUUUUUUUUACAUUUUAUUUUCAUUGUGCUCGAGUGCUGUUAACAGUUUAAGAUUCGCUGCGCCUUUUCUAAAUGAACUGUAAAUUUUUACGUAUCUAAUAUCAAGCAGAAGAAUAAAAUUUUGUUUUUAAGAUAUGAGAGUUUUCUUAAAAAAAAAAAAAAUCGAGAUGAACCAACACUAAAUCACUAGGCUAUAGACAAAUGAGCGUAGAUGACGUCGUGGUUUGACAGGUGACGUGACAUCCCUUUAAAAAAGCAAAUAAUAUGAAACCGUUGCUACCAACAGCCAAUAAUACUGACAUCUGCAUUUUGUCAUAAUUGACAUGCAUUAUUCCAAUGCUUGAUGCAGGUUUUGGCAUCAUUUUUCACAUUUCUGUUCAAGGCGCCUUUAAAAUUAUUUUUUAAAAACCGUCAGUGGGACUUAGUAGACUAUAUAUGAAACUUCUUGUAAAAUUUAAAAAUUGUCAGUGUCGUAGGUAUGUACA